CAAGAACCAAGAUUAUUCCGAGGUAACCAACGCUCGAUCUUUACUUACCCUACCUCCGGCGAGGAUCGGCAGAGGAUCGAUCGAUGGAGGGGAGCAGUAAUAGCCCGGAUAGGCAGUCGUCCGGCGGCAGCCCGGAGGAGCGCGGCGGCGGAAGCGGAGGAGGAGGAGGGCGUGGGACGGGGGAGCCGGUGCGGUCGCGGUGGACGCCCAAACCGGAGCAGAUACUGAUCCUGGAGUCCAUCUUCAACAGCGGCAUGGUCAACCCGCCCAAGGACGAGACCGUCCGCAUCCGCAAGCUGCUCGAGCGAUUCGGCGCCGUCGGCGACGCCAACGUCUUCUACUGGUUCCAGAACCGCCGCUCGCGCUCGCGCCGCCGCCAGCGCCAGAUGCAGGCGGCCGCUGCCGCCGCAGCUGCGGCGGCAUCUUCGCCUUCCCCCUCCGCCAAUACUACCUCUCCCGCAGCCGCGAGCGCCGCCGUGGCGGGCCUCCCGUCCGGCGCCGUCCACACCAUGGCCAUGGGUGGGAGCGCGUGCCAGUACGAGCAGCAGGCUAGCUCGUCGUCGUCGUCGGGAAGCACCGGGGGGUCGUCGCUGGGGCUCUUCGCGCACGGGCCGGGGGCGUCUGGCUCGGGAGGCGGGUACCUGCAGGCGUCGUGCGGCGCUUCCGCGUCGUCGGCGCCGCUGGCGCCCGGGCUGAUGGGGGACGUGGACAGCGGAGGCAGUGACGACCUCUUCGCCAUCUCGAGGCAGAUGGGGUUCGUUGGGAGCCCCCGCUGCUCUCCGGCCUCGCCGGCGACUCCAGGCUCCACGGCCGCCGCCGCGCAGCAGCAGUUCUACUCUUGUCAAUUACCUCCAGCGACGAUCACGGUGUUCAUCAAUGGAGUCCCAAUGGAGGUCCCAAGGGGUCCAAUAGACUUGCGAGCCAUGUUCGGCCAGGAUGUGAUGCUCGUCCACUCUACUGGGGCCCUCCUCCCAGUCAACGACUAUGGAAUCCUAAUGCAGAGCCUGCAAAUGGGAGAGAGCUACUUUCUGAUCGCCAGGCCAACUUAAAACCGCCCUCCUUGCAGUAGAUAGUCAGAUAUAUAUAUGUCUACUCGAUCGAUACUCAUUGGAUCAGAUGCAUGAGCCGGCCGGGUGCAGUUCUCCAUCAGCAAUCAAGAAUGUUAUCUUGGAUUGAAGACCAUGGAUCGAGUACGUCUAUAUAUAUCGAUCGAUUGAUCGCCUAUAUCGAGAACAAUGCUCUAAAUAUAUUAGCUAGGUACGAGAAGCAGUAUAUGUAUUGCAGCGUCGAUCAACAAGUACAACAACUACUUACUUAUAUCUAUAGGAACUCGUCGCUGUGGUCGAGUUCCUCAUUAGAAUACGGAUUACCAUAUGGUCGCGUCUCUCUUCUCAUCAUUUCCAUAAUUCCAUUACAAUAAUAUAUAUGUAUGCAUGCAUGCCUGCCCUUGGCAGUCGAGCUAUAUAUAUUCUUUUAUUUGAGCUAGCCAUAGAUG